AUGCCUAAUAUCACCACCCUCCUCUUCGACUGCGACAACACGCUCGUCCUCUCGGAAGAGCUCGCCUUCGAGGCCUGCGCCGAACUAGCCAACGAGAUCCUCGCCUCGCGCAACAUCCCCGACCGGUACACAGGGCCCCAGCUCCUCAACGAGUUCGUCGGCCAGAACUUCCGCGGCAUGAUGGUCUCGCUCAAGGCCAAGUACAAGUACGAGAUGGACGAGGCCGAGCUGGAGAAGUACGUGCUGUCGGAGGAGGACAAGGUCAUUGCGAAGCUCAAGGCCGAGCUGAAGCCCUGCGUCGGCGCGGACCGCGAGCUCGAGAAGCUGGCGAAGCAGGGGAAGUUCAAGAUGGCUGUUGUGAGCAGCAGUGCGUUGAGGAGAGUCGUGGCGAGUAUCGAGAAGGUGGGCCAGGAUAAGUAUUUUACGAAGGAUGUCUUUUCUGCGGCUUCGUCGCUGCCCAAGCCGACUAGUAAGCCGGAUCCGGCUAUCUACUUGCAUGCCAUGGAGGUGCUCGGUAAGGACGCGAGUGAGUGUGUGGCUGUUGAGGACAGCAAGAGUGGUGCCACAGCGGCAUUCAGGGCGAAAAUCAAGACAAUUGGUUACACGGGCAGUUAUGAGCCCGAGAAGGAAGAGGAGAUGAGAAAGGUGUUGACUGAUGCUGGGUGUGUUGUCGUCAUGAAGGAUUGGAGCGAAUUUGAUAGCUGCUUGGACGGCAUUAUCAAGGGCAAGCUUUAG